GGGCCUGAGGGCCACAUCUGUUCCCCUCUCCCCACAGGCCUGCUGCUUCUGGUCAGCCUGGAGGUGUUCCGCCAUUCCGUGCAAGCCUUGCUGCAGAGAGUUAGCCCUGAGCCUCCCCCGUCCCCGGCCCUGACCUAUGAAUACUCCUGGUCUCUGGGCUGUGGCUUGGGGGCCGGCUUGGUCCUGAUCCUGGGGAGUGGCUUCUUUUUCCUGCUCACCCUGCCUCCCUGGCCCUGGUGGGGGCACAGGGCCACCUAG